AUGUCACUGCCUCAGUUCGCCCGGACGGACUUAUGUUCGGAUAGUCUCUCUCUCUCUCUGUGUUCGAAACGAUUUAGAUGUCACUCCCAAGUCUCUUUAACUGUCUCAGUAUGUUCGGAUGGUCUCUCUCUCUCUCUGUGUUCGCAACGAUUUAGAUGUCACUCCCAAGUCUCUUUAACUGUCUCAUAUGUUCGGAUGGUCUCUCUCUCUCUGUGUUCGCAACGAUUUAGAUGUCACUCCCAAGUCUCUUUAACUGUCUCAGUAUGUUCGGAUAGUCUCUCUCUCUCUGUUAUGUUCGGAUGGUCUCUGUCUGUGUGUUCGCAACGAUUUAGAUGUCACUCCCAAGUCUCUUUAACUGUCUCAGUAUGUUCGGAUGGUUCUGUCUGUGAUGUGUUCGCAACGAUUUCUGUGUGUCUCUUUAACUGUCUCAGAUGUUCGGAUGGUCUCUGUCUGUUUGUUCGCAACGAUUUAGAUGUCACUCCCAAGUCUAACUGUCUCAGUAUGUUCGGAUGGUCUCUGUCUGUGUGUGUUCGCAACGAUUUAGAUGUUACUCCCAAGUCUCUUUUUAACUGUCUCAGUAUGUUCGGAUGGUCUCUGUCUGUGUGUGUUCGCAACGAUUUAGAUGUUACUCCCAAGUCUCUUUAA